AUGCUGUUUAAGAAACUAUUUUCAAGAUCUUCGUCAUCAUCAUCAGUGACAAGUAAUCAAGAAAAACAUCAUCAUCAUCAUCAACAACAACAUGAAGAUCAUGCCGAUUAUAACAAACCAUCUUCAGAACCUUCUACUCCCGAUGAUUCAUCUCGUGUAAUUGGUACUGAAACCAUUCCUUCAUCAAAUUCUUCAAGUCAUAGAUUAUUCUUAAAGAAACGAUCAUCUCAAGCUUCUGUCAUAUCACCUCAAACUUCUUCAACUUCAAUCCCUUCCUUGAUUAAAAAGCAUUCAAGUUCAACCAAUAUUAAUAAUAAAUCAAUCUCACCGAUUCAACGUCCACAAACUGUAUCACCAGCUCCAUCAGACAAUGGCAAAGCUAUUGCUACAGAUUCAAUUCCAGCCAAUGAUUUAACCUCAAAUGAAAAUCAAUCAAAUCCGAUAUCUCAUCAAGAUUCUAUUCAUUCAAAUGAUAAUCAUCAAGGUAGUCAAACUGUAACUCCAAAAAGAAAUGUAGAACGAAACAUUUCCGAUAAUGCUCAAAGUAGUGCCAAUUCUUAUCAAAGUAAUAAUUCAAAUAAUAGUUCUGGUCAUAAAAUUCAUAAUAAUAGUGGUAACUCUGCCACCAUCACUAAUAAUAAUAAUAAUAAUAAUCAUGGUCAUGGUCAUCAUCAACAUUCAAAUCCGUUGAAACGAUUCUUUAAGAAACUUAAACCAUCUACAUCACCUACUACUUCAACGUCAAACCUAAAAGCAUUGGCUGCAGUUCAACAUAAUCAGCAGCAAUCAACUAAUCCUGUUUCAACUGUUAAUACUGAAUCUACUCUUUAUCAAAAGUAUGGACCAGUUGGGAAAUUAUUAGGAACAGGUGCUAGUGGAUCAGUUAAUUUAGUAACUUUAAAAACAGAUCCAAGUAAAAUAUUUGCUAUAAAAAGAUUUAGAUCAAGAUUACCUACUGAAAAUGAAUUAGAAUAUAAAAUUAAAGUUAAAAAUGAAUUUAAAAUUGGGGAAUAUUUAAAUCAUGAAAAUUUAAUUCAUACCAUUGAAUUAAUUAAAGAAUAUCCUAAUAUAAGUCCAAAUUCUUCUUCAUCAAUUUUAAAGAAAAAAGUGGUAUCAAAAGUUAGUGAACCUGAUUAUUAUAUUGUUAUGGAAUAUUGUGAAUAUGAUUUUUUUAAUUUAGUAAUGAGUGGAUUAAUGGAAAUGAAUGAAGUUUUCUGUUAUUUUAAACAAAUUAUUAAUGGAGUUAAUUUCUUACAUGAAAAUGGUUUAUCUCAUCGUGAUUUAAAAUUAGAUAAUUGUGUGGUUAAUAAACAAGGGAUUUUAAAAUUAAUUGAUUUUGGUUCAGCAGUUCAAUUUAGAAAAGAAAUUUCUGAUAAUGAAAUUCAGAGAUUAGAACCUUUUGAAGAAGUUUUUACUAUCAAAGAUAUUAAUUAUAGAUUAAUUAAAGCAAGAGGAGUAGUAGGUUCUGAUCCAUAUUUAUCACCAGAAGUAUUUGAACCUACCAAUUUUGGUUAUGAUCCAAGAUUAGCUGAUGUUUGGUCAAUUGCUAUAAUAUUUUGUUGUAUGAUAUUACAUAGAUUCCCUUGGAAAAUUCCAAAAUUAAGUGAUGCAUCUUAUAGAUCAUUCUUAGCAUUAGGUUCAAAAGAAUCAGUUGAUUUACAUCAUAGUAUCAGUGAAUUAAGUGUUAGUAGUAAAAAUUCAAACACUAGUAGUAAUCUCACUCCUGGGAGUAAUGGUCCCGAAAGAUUAUUGAAAUUAUUACCAGUUCAAUCAAGAGAUUUAAUUAGAAAUAUGUUAAUCAUUGAUACAAAGAAAAGAUAUUUCAUGAAUGAUGUUGUUAAUGAUGAAUUCUAUAAAUCAAUUGAUCAUUGUCAUAAUGUCAAACCUAAGAAGCUAGAAAAAGUAGUGUUAAAUCAUGAACAAGAUCGUCAAUCAGUUGAUACUGCUGAUGAAGUCUUUGAAGAAGCAAGAGAAAAUCAGCAUGAUCAUGAAGAUGAAGAUGAAACAGAAGUUGAAACAGCAGUUGAAGUUGAAGAAAAGAAUGUCGUCAUCUCCAAGUAUGAUUUUGCUAAUGUUGAAAUCUAUAAUGCUACCAAUCACACCCAUCAUUUAAUUACUGAAGAAGAAUUGAAUAAAUUAAAUUUAGAAAAGGAAAGGUUAAAAAAAUUAAAGGAAGCAGGAAUUGCUUAG